CAUCUCGGUGUCUACAAAACAGUUCGUGGUCUACCAAUUGACGAGGAUUCCAAAAGUAUGGGUAUUGGUACAAAAAUAUUAUCAAAAAUUGAAAAGAACAAAACAUCUGAUGGCCUUACGAUACCGCUCACCCCGACUACACAAAAACAAUCAUCAAGUUGGUGUUCUUUUGAAAGUAUCAAAACAUUUUUUCGGACGGUGAUCCGUGAUUGGAUCUUUCUGGCACUACUUGGAUUCAUCAUGGCAUCUCUAUCAUUUGGAAUGGAUUAUGCUAUUCUGAACUUACAGAAUGGUCAGAUGCGGUUAUUCGAUUUGGUCAAGGAGUAUCACUUCACUUUGGCAUAUCUCGUUUGGGUUGGAUAUGUCGUUGGACUCAUUCUCCUCUCUGCAGUAUGUGCACAUUAUAUUGCUCCACAGGCGAUUGGAUCAGGAAUUCCAGAAAUGAAAACUAUUUUACGAGGAGUUAUUCUCAAAGAAUAUCUUUCAGUACGAACACUUCUUUCCAAAAUGAUUGGACUUACAUUAUCACUUGGAAGUGGAUUACCAAUGGGAAAAGAAGGACCGUUCGUUCAUGUUGCAUCCGUAGUAGCUUCUCAACUAACUCGUUUGGUUCACGGAUCAUCUGGUGGAAUAUUUGAAAAUGAGUCUAGAAGUGGUGAAAUGCUUGCAGCUGGAUGUGCUGUUGGAGUUGCUUGUACAUUUUCUGCUCCGAUAGGAGGCGUGUUGUUCUCAAUUGAAGUCACAUCUGUCUACUUUGCUGUCCGAAACUACUGGCGUGGUUUCUUUGCUGCCACGUGUUCGGCUACUCUUUUCCGAAUUCUAAGAAUGUUCUCUGUAUCUGCAGCAGUUACCGUCGAGGCCCAUUAUCAAACAAACUUUCCGCCACAAAAUGUGUUUCUCCCACAAGAGCUUCCUAUUUUUGCACUUAUCGGAUUGGUUUGUGGUCUUGCUGGUUCAAUAUUUGUAUAUCUUCAUCGACGGACUGUUCUUUUUUUGAGAAGAAAUUGGCUUGCCAAAAUGAUAUUUCAGAAAUACUGGCUCAUCUAUCCCAUCUUCAUCGCCACUUUCAUAUCUUCUUUGUCGUUUCCAUUGGGACUCGGGAAAUUUAUGGGUGGAGAGGAAAGAUUCAGUCACACAAUGAAGGAAUUUUUCGUAGAUUGUGCAUGGACUGCUCCACCAAAUGAUUCAUAUGCUUGUCCAAUGCCUACAUCAAAUGCAACAAGUUCGGAUAGUUUUGACAUUCGUCACUGGAAAGGAGAUAACUAUGAUUAUUCUCCAUUUGUCACUUUAUCUUCAUUUCAAGUAGUAUACUUUUUCCUCGCAAUUCUGGCUUCUACUCUGCCUGUUCCGUCCGGUAUUUUCAUGCCAGUUUUUGUUCUUGGUGCUGCUUUUGGAAGGCUUGUUGGUGAAGGUGUAUUCUCAUUAGAUCCAUAUGGUCAUAUCAGUGGAGAUAUACAAUUCUUCGUUCGUCCAGGUGUUUAUGCAGUUGUCGGUGCUGCAGCAUUUUGUGGAGCUGUCACACAUACAGUAUCUGUUGCUGUUAUUGUUUUUGAGCUUACUGGACAGCUAUGUCAUCUUCUACCCGUGAUGAUCGCUGUUCUUAUUGCCAAUGCUGUGGCUUCGUACCUUCAACCAUCAAUCUACGACAGCAUAAUUCGUAUCAAAAAUCUACCGUAUCUCCCUGAUAUUCCCCAUACAACGUCCCUUUAUCAUCAAAUGCUCAUUGAGCAGUUUAUGAUUUCUCCUCUUGUCUAUAUUGCAAAAGAUUCAACAGUUGGUGACAUCAAAAGAGCACUGGAAACAAAAACCCGGAUCAGAGCUUUUCCUUUGGUUGAAAAUAUGGAAUCACUAGCUCUUGUCGGUUCGGUCAGUAGAAGUCAGCUGCAACGAUACGUCGAUUCUCAAAUUGGAACAAAAGCCCGAUUUGCAGAAGCAACUCGUAGAAUCAAACAACGUUUGGAAGAUGAAGAAAGCGAACGAAAAAGAAGAGAAGAAAGUAAAUCAGAUGAUACAGAAGAUAGUUUGGAAACGACAGGUGCUGGAGAGAGAAGAGCUAGUCGAUUUUUGAUUGUCCCUGUUGCUAAAAACGGACCUCAAGUAGCGAAAAAUGAAACGCUGACUGGAUUGAGCGAGGAAAAUGCGCGGAAGAUUCUAACUGUUGAGGAGAAGCAAGCGCUAUUUGAUGCUGCAUCAUUGGCAACUCCGAAACGAGAAAUGAGUGGAAAAACAAUCAAUCCUGUGCAUAUUGAAUCUCAUCAUACAAUUGGAGACAUUUUCCGAUCAAUUACACAUCUUAGUUUUGGGCGACAAAACUUUCCGAAGAAGAACAAUCAUAACGAGUUUGAUUUAUUUGGAGAAGAGCGUACUGAAUGGGAGGAUAUGAUGCUCAAUCAAAAGCUGGAUUUGAGCCAACUUGAUAUUGAUUCUACGCCAUUCCAACUCAGUGAAUAUACGAGUUUAUUCAAGGCUCAUUCUCUAUUCUCACUUCUUGGUCUAAAUCGUGCAUACGUGACGAAAAAAGGGCAAUUGAUUGGCGUUGUCGCAUUAAAAGAGCUCCGACUUGCAAUUGAAUAUUUACAAUCUGGAAAAGUGCCAACACCUGGUAUGAGCAUUUUCAAUGAGCCUCCAACGGAACAAUCGAUUUAUGAGAAAAGUGCAAGACUAGAAUCAGGACGAGCAACAGGCGAUGCGCAGAAUGCAGCCUUUGUGACAGACAAUGGGGAAGAUGAUGCUCAAAAUGAUUAUAUUCAACCACCUCUAGAAGUGGUAAGACGAGGGGCGUUAACCCCGAACCGAAUGAGCGAAUUGACAAGAUUGGAGAAUGUGAGAACAACACCAGAAUCACCACAUUUCGAAGUUAGUUCACCAUCGACGAGCUCAUCGUGUGUGAGCAUAGAUUUCUCACCAUUGGAUGCAGCGAAUUCGGAAAAUGGAAGUGUUGGAGGACUUGUAUUGAAUGUACCCUCCUUACCCACACGAGCAAGAUCAGCAAAUGAGCUAACACGACAAAAUACCCACGUGCAAAUAAAUUUACCUGACGACGUUCAUGACGAAAAAUUCUGAGCAGGUGCCGUUCCUCUUGUGUCCCCUUGUUCAUUCAACAUACACCUAAUCCAAUAUAAUGCAUAUACCAGAUUGAAUUUUGUAUCUCACACAUUUUACGGGUAUUUCAAUUACUUUAAGUUUCACACCACAAUUCUUCUUCUCCUCUUCCUCAUCUCGUCUCAAUUUUUCGCUUAUUUUCUGAUCGGGUCUUGUGUUGCACUUCCAACGUGUAAAAGUACGCAUGUAAGAGGAUACAUUUUGCCGCCAUUUUUGCGGGGACACUUUUCCCAUUUCUUUCCCCCAGUUUAGCUCAUCCCGUAUUUUCAAUUCCCAUAUAUUUUAUUUUUUUUGUUCAUUUUCUUCAAGUCAUAAUAAUUUUGUAUUAAGUUUCCCCCCGGUUUCGUCCCCAAAUUUUCUGUAUUUAUGUGUGAAGUUAUAUAUAUAUAUAUAUAUAUAGAAAAGAGUAAAGAUUUUUAUUGUUAUGGAA